CUCAGGUUGGAGUUCAAGUAUUGUGAUUAGAAAUGGAAGCUGAGGCUAUAACAGAUAUAGAGGUGCCGGUGGUGGAAGUCAAGGAGAAACUUGCUAGUGUUGAGGAGCCAAUUCAGGAAAAUGGAAAUAAAGAGGAGAAAGAAAAGUCUCUUGAUGAUGGAGAGUUUAUUAAGGUUGACAAAGAAACACUAGAAGCGAAAGAAAGCUCUCGGGAUAUUGAAGUAAAAUCUGCAGAUGAAAGCAAGUUAUCUGCUAGUGAAUCUAGCAGAGAACUACUUGAAGCGCAGGAGAAGAUAAAGGAGCUUGAGAUUGAAUUAGAAAGAGUGGCUGCUGCAUUAAAGGAUUCCGAGUCACAGAAUGUGAAGCUGAAAGAUGAGGUAUUCUUGACAGAAGAAAAGCUUCAAGGAAGUGGGAAGAAGUAUGACGAGCUCGAACUGAAUCACAAGAAAUCGCAAGAGCAGAUGGUAGAGGCCGAAAAUGACUUCAAUGAGAAGCUGAAAAAUUUGCAAGAUGCUUUGGAAGAUCAUGCAACUAAGCACAAGGAGCUUGCUGGUAUCAGAGAAUCAUUCGAUAGUCUUAAUUUAGAGUCCGAGAACUCAAAGAAGAAAAUACAGGAGUUGGAGCUAGAAUUACAAUCUCGUGCAGCGGAAUUGGAAGCUGUACUCCAAUCUUCUCACUCCAAAAUUGAGGAUGCUGAGAGAAAGGUGGGUGAGCUUGAAUCACUGCUGGGAGAAAAGAAGCAGAAAAUUGAAGAACUUGAAGUGAACAUAAGCUCACUGGAGUCAAAAUGCGGGGAUGCAGAAGCCGAGUCAAAAAAAUAUUCAGGCAUGGUAUCCGAACUCACUGGAGAUAUUGAGAAGUUCCGGUCUUUAAUGUUGAACCUCGAGAGUGCACUUCAGACAGCGAGUGAAAAAGAAAUGGGGCUGAUGGAAUCUUUGAAUGUAAUGAAGGAGGAGAAGAGAAGUUCCGAAGAAGCAUUGGAAAAUUCCACCAAAAAGCUCCAGGAAGCUGAAAAUUUGCUUGAAUCAUUGCACGGUGAAAUGUCUCUUACACAAGAGAAACUUAAAGGUAUUGAAAACGAUCUGAAGGGUGCUGGAUUAAGGGAAAGUGAGAUUAUGGAGAAGCUGAAAUCUGCUGAGAAUCAAUUAGAGGAGCAAGGGAGAGCAAUAGAGGAAGCUACAACAAGCAAAAUGCAUCUUGAAUCAUUACAUGCGUCUUCUACAAGGGACUUUGAGUUAAAAAUGCAAGAGACAUUAACGAAUUUCAAUGAGAAGGAAACUGAGGCUAAAUCACUGUCCGAGAAACUUAAGAUACUUGAAGAUAAGGUACAAAAUUAUGAAGAGCAGGUAGGAGAAGCAGCUUUGAAGGCUUCUGCUCUGACAGAAGAAUUGCAUCAGAGUGCUGCAAAGGUAGCUUCCUUAGAAAGCUCUAAUAUAGAGCUUAAAAAGAUGAUUGAGGAAGCUGAAGGUAAAGUGGCACAAUCACUUUCAGAGAAGGAACUUUUGGUAGAGACAAAUUCACAGCUGAAGAACAAGAUUGAUGAGCUUCAGGAGUCACUCAAUUCCGCUAAUGCAGAGAAAGAAGCGACUUCUCUACAACUUGCUUCUCACAUGAAUACAAUCACAGAGUUAACUGAGAAACACUCGAGAUCUUAUGAUCAACACUCUGCUGCUGAAGCUCGUCUUUUGCAGGCCGAGGAACAGCUGAAGGAGACAGGUAGUAGAUUAGCUGAUAAAGAGACGGAAGUUGAGGGGUUGAGUGAACGGCUUAGCUCCCUUGAAAGUCAAGUAAAGGCGUACGAGGAGGAGGUCCGUGAAGCAUCUGGAAUAGCAGAAUCUAGAAAGGAGGAGAUAGAACAGUUGAAGGGAACUGUUUCUAAGUUAGCGGAUAAAGAGGCUGAAAUCAAGGAACUCAAUGAAAAAAUUGUAGCUCUUGAAGUUCAAGUAAAGAAGUAUGAGGAAGAUUCUCAGGAAGCAGAAGGAAUUGCUGAAUCAAGAAAAGUUGAAAUUGGAGAGAUGGCUGAAAAAUUAUCUCAGAAGGAGCUUGAAGUUACUGAAUUGAAUAACAAACUUGCUUCUGUUGAAGGCCAAGUAAAAGUUUAUGAAGAAGAGGUCAGUCAAGCAUAUGGGGUCGCUGAAACUAGAAAAGCUGAAAUUGAAAACCUGGUUGAAAAAUUAGGUCAGAAGGAGUUGGAAAUGAAGGAAUUGAGUGAAAAGCUUACUUCCCUUGGAGGGCAGCUUAUAGAACAUCAGGAAGCAGCUCUUGAAGCUUCUAGGAUUGCUGAAUCAAGAAAAGCUGAAAUUGAACAGUUGCAAGGAACAGUUGAGACAUUAGCUCAAAGGGAGUUGGAAGUCAAGGAAUUGAAUGAAAAGAUAAUUAGCCUUGAAUACCAGCUAACGAAACACCAGGAAGAGGCUCUUGAGGCAUCAGGGAUCUUUGAAUCUAGAAAAGUUGAAAUAGAAAACCUGGUUGAAAAAAUAGGUCAGAAGGAGUUGGAAGUGAAGGAAUUGAAUGAAAAGGUUACUUCUCUCGAAGGGCACCUGACAGUACACCAGGAAACAGCUCGCGAAGCCUCCGGGAUUGCUGAAUCAAGAAAAACUGAAAUUGAAAAAUUGCAGGUAACAGUUGAGAUAUUAGCUCAAAGGGAGUUGGAAAUCAAGGAGUUGAAUGAAAAGAUAAGCAUCCUGGAAAAUCAGCUGAAGAAAAACCAGGAAGAGGUCGUUGAAGUGUCAGGAAUGGCUGAAUCUCGAAAGCUUGAAAUUGAAAAUUUGCUUCUGAACUUACAGGAGCAGACGAAAGUGGUUGAUAAUCUGCAGCUUGAAUUGGGUCAAGUUGAGACACGUAACGAGGCAUUGGCUGAGGCAAAUAUGAAACUCACUCAGGAUCUGGCUCUUGCUGAGACAGAACAGAAUGAUCUCCAAACAAAAUUGUCGCGCACUCUUGCUGAGAAGGAUGACUUAGCUGCAAAAUGUCUUAAAUCAGAUAAGACAAUUGAGGAGUUAAACCAAGAGCUAACUUCUGAAAAGCAAAGGCUUCAGUCAGAGAUAGCUGCAGUUCUGGAGGAGAGUAGACAGCUACAUGAAAUGAAAAAAGAACGUGAAACUAGUAUGGUCCAAUUAGAAGAGCAACUGAAAGAAUAUAGAGGAAAGGAAGAUGCUUCCAAGGUUGAGAUUGAAAAUCUUAAGGUUGAAAUAACCGAGAAAUCUGCCAUGCAAGCAAGGCUGAAGGAACUUGAAGAACAAUGUCAGGCAACUGAGGCUCAUUUGAAGGAACAGGUUAAGAGUCUUGAAACAUCUGCCACAGCCAGAGAGGCUGAAUUGACUUCUCAGUUGGAACAUCAUGUGCAGAAACUCCAGGAUCGAGAUGUGUUAAAUGAAAGGGUUACAAAACUUGAAGAAGAGCUGCAACUUGCAGAGGCCAAUGUUACUAAGCUGAAAGAGGAAAGUUCGGCAAAGGUGUCUGAACUGGAAACUGCAAGGAGUCGUACAUCGGAAGAGCUUGGUGCUAAAAACAAAGAAGUCAUGCUUCUUGGAAAGAAGGUCGAGGAACUUGAGCAAAAACUCCAGAAGGCUGAAGCUGUAUCAAAACAAAAGAUCGAUGAAAGCAUUGCUGGAACUCCAGAGGGCGAAACAGAAGUGAGGUCCAGAGAUAUUGGAUCAAUGAUUUCUAGUCCAGUAAAGCGUAAGAGCAAGAAAUCAGAAAAAUCAUCUGCACAAACUGCAUCAUCCUCAGUGGUUCAGACUCCGACAACUGAAGCUUCUUCCUCCAUAAACUUCAAGUUCAUCUUAGGAGUUGCAUUGGUAUCCAUUGUUGUUGGUGUGAUCUUAGGGAAAAGAUAUUAACUUCCAAUUACCUGAUUGAGUUUGGGUUACUCUAGUUUGAUGAAGUGAUUAUUUUGAAGUUGUUUAUAACAUAAGCCUUCAAGUUUGGUGGCAGUUAAGUUUUAGUUUUAUGUUCACCAAAGAAGCAGUUUUUGGUUAUGUAAUUAUCACUUGGUUUUUUAAUGGUGGUGGUGCUAUUUAUUUUUUCAAUUUUUUGGGGUUGUAAACUGUGAGUUUUGGAAGUGAGGCUGUUUAUUUAUGUAACAAGUUUUCUGGUUUGCUUUUA